UUAAUUUUCAAAUAUGGAAGAUUUGAAUCUUUUGACCGAGAUUCUUCCCCCCUUUUUACUUUUCAUUUACUCCAUACGAAUUGUCGGAAUAAUGUGAGAUUUAUUACUAGAAAAUGACUAGCUUCUGUCAUCUCUGCCAAAUCUAAUACCCAGAAUGACCCAGGGCGAUAUCGGGAAGUUUUUAGUUUUUUUUAUUCAUAGCGGGGCUUCGAAUCAUAUCCGGAAUAGCUCAUCCUAGUUAAACAUCAUUCAAUGUUCUUUGCCAUCCAUCAAUCAGAUCGAUAUGAACAUUUGACAUUUAACUCACUUGCCAAAGAAAGUACCGUACCAUUACCGUACCGUACCUACCAACCAUACUCUACCGACCAAUAUCUCAUCUAGGUAUUUCUGUACAGUAUCUCUCUCUCUCUCUCUCUCUCUAUGUAUGUAGUAUUUUAUUUUUUAUAUGCUAUGUUUCUUACUUUACCAUCAUCACUCAAACCAUCCUUCAAUUGAAAUCAGAGCUCGAAUAAUUAAUUGAGGUAGAAGCCCCUUCACUUCACACUGACCUUCGGAUAUCGUUAUCUGUAAUCGUCACUCUAGAGUCUAUACAUACCGGAUCUUCCUGAUACCUCGCCAGACGAGAUCGUUCACACGUCAAAUCUCUAACAUCAAUUCGACAACAUCUUUAAUAAUCAUCAUCGCUACUCAAGAUCUUUUCGAUAACGAUUCGCAUAUUAUCGCAUAUCAUUUCUCCUAUUAUCUACUACAUCUUAAGUGUGCAGCGAGGCUGAAGUGUCUCGGGAAGUUGCAGGAUAGCAAGUAGCAUCGGACAAAGAAGGCAUUCUGAGUAUCAUCAUCCGGAUUUCUAGCAAUUCACAGCUCUACCAACUUUCGCAUGCGAUGAGGUGUGUUUUACCCCUUUCGCUUUUUAUCUGCGCCGCCUUCGAUUUCUGCGUCUAACCAAGUCCAACUUAGAAGCUUGAUUCUUAUACAUUGCACAAAAGAUCGAGAUACAUUGAGUACCCAGGUAGCGCGAAGAUGGACAUUAUGGAUGAUCGAGCGCAGCAGCACUCUUACAUCAAUGGGCCCAGUCUAGCCCAAAAUCCAGCUCGAACAGUCCCAAUUAUUCAACAACCUACCAUCCAAACUUCUGCUCCAUCUGGCGACGCAAUGGACGUUACACCUGGUACGGCGAUGAUGGGACCUCCUUCAAGGACAAGUCCUGAUAGCGAAGCAAACGGCACACACGAUCAUAUGAGGGAAGAUCAACCAAGCUCGGGCAGUUUGGCAACGCCGAAUGCAGCUGCCGCGGCUGCAGCUGGAGGAGGAAUCCAACCCAAAGUGGUGCAAACUGCAUUCAUUCAUAAAUUAUACAGGUUGGAGCUGAUGAGAAUCUGUUCAUAGUAUUUCUUUUACUGAUUGCAUGCCAGUAUGUUGGAAGAUGUCAACAUUCGACAUCUGAUAUCUUGGUCGGCUAGCCAGGACAGCUUUGUAAUGUCUCCCUCUAGCGAUUUCUCAAAAGUCCUGUCGUAAGUUAAAACAUCCCGAUUGGCAUCUUUUUCUCAUAGGUUGUAGACAAUACUUCAAACAUACAAAUAUAUCUUCAUUUGUACGACAAUUGAACAUGUACGGAUUUCACAAAGGUUAGUACUAUUGCAAUUUUGCAUAUUGGUCAUCAUCGCUAACAGCAAUGCAGUCAGUGACGUCUUUCACCAGAAUGCGCCAGAGACUCCGCUCUGGGAGUUCAAGCACGGGCAAAACAGCUUCAAACGCGGCGAUGUGGUCGGUUUAAGAGAAAUCAGACGAAGGGCUUCUCGACAAUCUCUCGUUCACCGAGAUUCAUACUCUGCGCCAAAACCACCGCAUUCGCAACCUGGGACUCCGGGCGAAUCAAUACUACCAAUCCAGGAGUCAACAGAGUCUAGAUUAACAUACUUGGAACAUGGUCUAUUUGAGAUGCAUGCUAAAAACACGAGAGAUGCCGAGAGUCAACAUUUUUUCCACGUUAGACACCAGGUUUUGAUGGACACUUUAGCUCGUGUCCUCCAGGUACCUCUUCCAUCAUUAAAACCCGAAUGGGCGGUGACUAAUUUUGCGUAGUUGAAUCUCGAAAUGUCCAGAAUGAUGCUCUCUUUAGCUAGUCCAGAAUCAGGUCUUCAUCGUGAUGGUAUGUACCCUGCAAUUACUAAGCCCCUAUCUAGGUUGUUGACAAAUUAUAGUUGUCGCUAUACAAGGGGAAAUCCAAAGACACAUGGAAACCAUCACCAGAUGCAUGGAAGAUCCAAACGAGCCCCCUCUCUCAAGUAGCCGUCCAUAUUUCUCAAACUUGACGUUGGAUAAUCCUCCAUCACCUCGACAAAUGCCCCAAGAUGAACCUCGUCGUUCAUCAUUUCUUGGAGUUCCCCCUCGCCAGAAUUUCCAUCGUCCUCCCAUUCCAUCUCAUCUGUCUCUCGCUGCUCGUAGAGGAUACGGUUCGAUUGGAGGCGCAGCUACAGGACAAUCGUCGCCAAGUUCACUCAGACCCCAGGCACCACAACCCGCGCCCGCGCCCCACCCACUCGCUAACUCAUCAUCACCACCAAAUAUGUCACGCCGCCACACUUCUGCUGAUAUUCGUAAUGUAGGAGGAUGGCAACCCAGUUCCUCUCCCUAUGCGUCCGGCCAAUCAUCAUCACAAUAUCCAUCAUCUCCCAAAAGAACAGCAGCACACAUGGCCAGUGAGGACCAGCGAAUCCGUGAUAGUUUCAGCAUGUAUUCACUCUCUGGGGCAACGCAUGGACAUAGCAUGUCCCGCCCAGCCACCCCUCCUUCGUAUACAAACGGCAAUGCAACAGAAAAUCUCAACAACUGGUCGUGGAGCGGACCCAGGGACAAAGGGUUAUCAAAUAUCUUUAGAGACAGCUCUGGACCUCCUACCCGACGAGGAAGCAUGGCACAUAUUUUAAAUCCAGCAGAAACGGCAGAAAGCGCAGAGGAACACGAGGAGGAUAUGCUUCGGGAAGAAGACCGCAAGCGAAAGCGUCUUCAAUAGACGUGAAUAUUGAUAGUAUAUGCAAAACUGGACAGGGUGGGUGUACCACGGAUGCAAUGCCCUCCGAUUUUGGUUUGCUUGGAAUUUCAAAUUUAUCCAUUAUUUUACUGGGGGUUCGCGCGUUGGAAGCGUGUUGGAAGCGUGUUAUGUCAAUCUAUUUUGGAUUCGACUUUCUUGUGCAUAUGUAAAAGUGGAAAUAGGACAGGAGUAGGAACAGGAGGAAUCUUGAAACUUGAAUAAUUUCAGGGUUUUGUAUGAUGGCUACAGCAGGCGUUGGUGGUGGUUUGGUUGAUUGCAUUGUAAGGACGGAUGUCUGCAUGGAUAUGAAAGACAGAAGAAACAGCGACGGCAGUGGAAUAUUAAAAGUAAUUAUGGAUGCAAGGCACGAUGGAGUGUCAUGUAUGGGGCAGUGAGAAUUUGUACAAAAGUUAUGCUUUUGCAUGGAAAUAAAAGCGCAACAGCAAUGUUUCGGAAACGAUGAGAUU